UAUCUUUCCCUUUCUCUCUCCCUGUUUGUCAUUGACUUUCGUUCUUCUCCGGAUCGCUUGUUAGCUCGCUGCGCGGAUCUCUCCGAUUCGAUUCAUCAUGACUCGAGGUAACCAGAGAGAGCGUGACCGUGAGAGAUCUCAGGCUCGUACCUCAGGCAAGGGAAAGAACAAAGAUGAUGGGCUGACGCCCGAGCAACGCCGUGAAAGGGAUGCAAAAGCCUUGCAAGAGAAGAUGGCCAAGAAGGCGGCUCAAGCAGAUGCUGGAGGGAAUUCAGGAGGAGGCAAAGGAAACAACAAGAAAUAAACCCGGGUUUGCAAUCUCAUCUUUGAAACAAUUAUAGUUCUUGUCACUCUUGGGAUUGAUCUAUCCUUUGUUUAAAUUAUCUGAAAAAUCAAGUUCUCGGGUUUUUCUCUCUGUGUUUGAUGUCAAACAUCACCACCAAUCAUGUGUAAACUUGGUUCUGAAUCUUUUCUUCAUUAUUUUGGUUUCGCUUCAUUGAA